CUAUGGGCGUUAAGAUUUUUGAAUCAUAAAUUUUCAAAAUGUAGUGAGGUUCUUUUAUUAUGGAGGAAAGUGAAUCCCUUUUAGUUCCCCUACAGCGGAUGCGUGAAAAUGCUUCAGUUGAAUAUGAGUUGUGGAAGCUUACAGAAACACUUUUUCAUGAUUUAGAAAUAUGCAGAAAUGAAAAUAUAAAGCUAAGAAAGCAAUUGGACGAUUUAUCGAACAGGGAUAAAUCAUUUUCACAUCUUCAUCUGGAAAUAGAAGAAGAAAAUUUGAGAUAUAAGAAUGAAAAUAAAACUCUGAUAUGCAAAUUGAAUAACCAAAAACUUCAAUUUGAUACGGAAAUAUCUGAGAUCGAGAAAACAUGCGAAAUGAGAAUAAAAAAUUUAGAAGAAGAGUAUAAAAAAAUAAAACAAAAAUUGAGUCAGAAAGAGAAAGAAUUUUUUGAGGAAUUACAAUUGGCCCAAACAACAGCAGCAUAUGAAUUCGAAAAAAUUGAGAAAAAAUUAAAAUGGCAGCUUUCUGAAGCCAACAAGCAACUUUCUGAGAGUAAUUUGAUCAACAGUAAAUUACGUGCACAGUUAGAAAAUAUGCAUAAUACACAGAAUAUGCGAGUGAGUACAUCGAAUGAGCACACUAUGUCAAAAAAUUUGGAUAUGGCAUUUUUCAAGAACACAGAAAUGUCAACGUUAUCCGUCUCAAAUUUUGAUAAAUCGAAAAAAUCAGAAGGUUAUGAUAUAAUUGCCAAUACUACUGGUUUACGGACGUACGAACCACUUCAAGUCGAAUGUUUUCCAGUUGAUGAGAAAAAUUCUGAAAGACAAACACCAAUUCUUUUCAAAGGAAAACCACGACCUUUCAAAAAAAUGGGGGCUCAAAAAUCAAACGCACCAAAUACUUCAAGAGUUCCGCCUCUCAUACCCUGUUCUGAUGCUGCACCUACAAAUACAAAGAAGAGGAAACUUCACGAUCCCGAUGAUUUAUCAUACCUUAUCGAUUUAAUACCCCAAGAAGAUUAUUGAGUUUGUAUGUUAAUUCUAAAUAUAUCCAUCUCUUUACUCGUCACUAAUAACAAUAUUCACUAUUGAAAUGAUUCAAUACAACUGGCGUGGUGUUCGAUUAUUUCUUUCGAGUUGUAUUACAUAGAUAAAUUGAAAUAUUAAAAAUAAGAUUUGUUUGUCUAUGUCUCACGGAGCAUAAACCAUGG